AUGAAUGAGCUCGAAUACCAGGGGAUUUUAUUUAAUAGUAACGUAAAUUACAAAUGGGAUAAUUUCUCUUUAAAAGAGUUCAUUGAACUGAUCAAUGUGACGAGUAAUGGGACGGAUGUGGCCGAUGAGAAAGUAGUUAACAAUUGGUGGGCUUUGAUCGCGUUGGCGUUAGUUGUGUGUACUGCGGCUGGGAAUGUGCUCGUGUGUCUUGCGAUAUAUCUGGAGAGGAGGCUGCAGAAUGUGACCAACUAUUUCCUGAUGUCGCUCGCGAUCACUGAUCUACUAGUAGCGGUGCUUGUAAUGCCUGUUGGGAUACUGACAUUGGUGCGAGGCUACUUUCCACUGCCCGCGGUAUAUUGCCUCACGUGGAUCUGCCUGGAUGUUCUGCUCUGCACGGCGUCCAUCAUGCAUCUAUGUACCAUAAGCGUUGACAGGUACCUAUCCCUCCGUUAUCCUAUGAGGUUCGGACGGAACAAGACUAGGAAGCGAGUCACAAUCAAAAUAGUGUUCGUGUGGAUACUCUCGACUGCCAUGAGUCUUCCUCUCAGUCUCAUGUAUUCUAAGAACGAGGAGUCGGUGUUAAUAGACGGAUCAUGCCAAAUACCAGACCCGCUGUAUAAGGCUAUCGGUUCCAUCAUAUCCUUCUACAUACCUCUGGGGGUGAUGCUGCUCACGUACGCCCUGACGGUACAACUCCUCGCGCGACAGAGAAAAGGUCUUGGUCAAGGAUGGGCGGCUGGCUGGCUUGGUGCGACUCCUAUCGAACGCCGAUGUACUUGGCGAAGAUUUCUCAGCCCUAGAGGUGGUACACCGCAGCAUUCUGCAGCGUCUACUGAAACAGAACUUCCGCCCAUUGAUACCAGGGAUCUAUGGUUACAGGACUCCAGCGAACCCGCUCCGUCAGCAAUGAGCGCACUGCAUCAUUUUGGAGCCGAGAUGUUGAGACUUUCGCGAGGUUUGGAAGCUUCUGCUGCAUCUAAGCCCACAUACAGAGGGACUAAUAUAUCAGAACGAGGUGGAGUACUCACUCCUGGCUCACUGAGCGUCUCAUCAAGUUCACCGUCAUCUAUGCUUCAAGAUAAACGUAGAUUAUCAUCUGCUGGUGAUCAGAAUGUCCCGAUAAUUAGACCCAGAAGCGCAUCAGAUGAUGAAAGUAAUGAUGGUCUUCUAGCACCCGUGACAUUAGCAACGAAAUCAAGGAGUUCAGAAGAUGGCUUAUUACUACCACCGCCUUGUACAUGUCCCUAUUUUGGUUCAGAUUCAACUCCACCAAGACGAACAACAGAAGUUAUAAUCGUUCCUGGAGGUGACAUUAAUGGCUGUAAUGGUUAUCCUCGUAAUGGAAAUAUGAAAGAUGAGCCAUCAACGCCUUUCUUUCGAAGAUCAAGUCGCGGUGCUUCAUCUAUGGUUACUUGGGAUGAAGCGAGAAGAUUUAGAAGGGGUUCCAGUUUUGGUGGAGCACGCACAACUCUGUCGACACCGGUUAGAACUAUACGAAGUCAACGUACUAUUAACAAUCGCCAACAACAUCAAGUCAAUUCCACACCUCAACGACAAUUACCACGAACACAUCAUUCGAGAAAUUCGAGCGUGAUUUCUCGGAACUCAUCCCGACACGGAAGAAUAUUACGCUUAGAGCAGAAAGCGACUAAAGUUCUGGGAGUCGUGUUCUUCACUUUCGUUGUACUUUGGGCGCCGUUUUUUAUUCUAAACAUGGUACCAGCAGUAUGUCCAGAAUGCGAAAGAAGAAUAUCAAGCUGGGUUUUCGAUUUUGUUCUCUGGUUAGGAUACGCGAGUUCGAUGGUGAAUCCGAUAUUCUAUACUAUAUUCAAUAAAGUGUUCAGACAAGCCUUUAAAAAAGUUUUGUCGUGUCAGUACUGUAAGUCGAAGAGAUAG